AAAAAAAAAAAAAAAAUCCUUGCAGUCACGAACAUGGCACCUUUCUCUCCUUCUUCACCGCUGUCUUUCUCUCUCUAAAACUCACUCUGUCUCUCUCUCUCUCUCUCUCUCUCUCGCAAAUCACGAAGAAGUGUCAGGCGAUUCUAUUCAAACAUUCACAAAAGCAUAUAAAAAUAAAAAUAAAAAUAAAAAGAAGCAAGAAAGACCUUCCAAUUCUUCUUUUGGAAGCAUCGAAUCUCGAUCUAAAUCUAUACAGGAAAUGUUCGAAAACCCUAGUGUUGACGUUAGGUUGAUCUGCAGAUAUUCAUGAAGCAGAUUCGCCGAUGCAGGAGGAUAUUAAUCCUCUCUUUGCUCGCUGUUUCUGUGUUUGUUCCUAUCUUUUUACUCUCCGAUAGGCAUAGAAAUUUCAAUUCAGAAGAAUCGAAAGAAUUUAUUGAAGAUUUAUCGAGUAUUAAAUAUAGGACAGAUGCUCUCAAACUUAUUGCAAUCGAGAAGGAAGAAGGAGAAAGUUUGAAAGAGCCACCACCAGUUGUAUACAAAGAUGGUAGUUUUAGUUCUGUGGUUAGCUUCAGUUCAUCUGAUGGGAAUAUUAGAUCGAACCAAUUAGGAAAUGCCAAAAGCAGAUUGGAAAGAAAUGGUACUAAUCAGGACAAAAAGCAAUACUAUCAGCAAAUUCAGUUGGAGAAACAACCAUUGACAUCUGGGCGAAAGGAACUGUCAAGACAACCAAUAGUUAAGCACAUUCAGAGUAUACCAUCACAGACAAGGAGAGUAUUAGAUGCCAAGGUGAAAGAGAUGAAAGAUCAGUUGAUUAGGGCCAAAGCAUACUUGAAAUUUGCACCACCGACUAGCAACUCCCAAUUAGUAAGAGAGUUGAAACUACGAAUUAAAGAGCUAGAACGAGCUGGUGAUUCCACCAAGGAUUCUGAUUUGUCUAGGAGUACUCUGCAGAGGAUGAAAGCCAUGGAGAAUACCUUGUCAAAAGCCAGCCGUUUGUAUACAGACUGCCCAACCAUGGCCAUGAAACUCCGUGCUAUGACUGACAAUGCUGAAGAACUGGCUCGGGCACUGAAGAAUGAAGCUGCAUUUCUUGUUCAGCUUGGCGGAAGGACCACCCCCAAAGGCCUUCACUGCCUGUCCAUGCAGUUGACUGCUGAAUACUUUGCUCUACUGCCCAAGGAGCGGGAGUUCCGUAACCAACAGAAGUUGCUUGAUCUUAAUCUCUAUCACUUUGUUGUCUUCUCUGACAACAUUUUGGCUUGUUCAGUGGUUGUGAACUCAACUGUUUCCACCUCAACGGAACCUGAGAAGAUAGUCUUUCAUGUAGUGACAGAUCCUCUAAGCUUCCCAGCAAUGUCGAUGUGGUUCAUAUUAAAUCCUCCUGGGAAAUCUGCAAUGCAGAUUCAGAGUACAGACACUUUUGAAUGGUUGUCCACCAAGUAUGGUGCAACACUGCCGACACAAAACUCCCUAGACUCGAGAUAUACAUCUGAACUGAACCACUUACGUUUCUAUCUGCCAGACAUUUUCCCUAUGCUGAGUAAGAUUGUGCUCCUUGACCAUGAUGUGGCUGUGCAAAGGGAUCUGACAGGACUUUGGGAUGUUAAUAUGAAGGGGAAAGUAAAUGGAGCAGUGGAGACUUGUCAGGAAGGUGAAUCUUCAUUCCGUCGUAUGGAUAUGUUUGUCAACUUUUCAGACCCAAUGGUGGCAAAGAAGUUUGAUCGCAAGGCAUGCACGUGGGCAUUUGGGAUGAAUUUGUUUGAUCUUAAAGAGUGGAGGAGACGGAAUUUAACUGGGGUCUACCACAAAUAUCUGCAAUUGGGAUAUAAGAGGCCGGUGUGGAAAGCAGGUAGCUUGCCCUUAGGUUGGGUCACCUUCUACAACCAUACGGUGGGUUUGAACAAAACAUGGCAUCUCCUUGGGCUCGGUUCUGACUUGGGUGUCAGGCAGGAAGACAUCAAAAAGGCAUCAGUGAUACACUUCGAUGGAAUUAUGAAACCUUGGUUGGAUAUUGGGCUCGAGGAUUACAAGGAAUAUUGGAGGAGACAUAUUAACUAUGAACACCCAUAUCUCCAACAGUGCAAUAUUCAUAGAUAAUUAAAAUCCUGCAUCAUUAGUAGCUUGAAUCAAUCCCAUUCUACCGCACAGAUUUGUUGCUUUUUGUUGGAGGAACUCCAUUUGUUCACUUGAUUUUUUUUUCCCUUCUCAUGCUUCUACAAUUUUUGUUUAUAAAUUUCAACUCGUAUUUUUUUAUUUUCUGGGCAUAACCUUCUAGGAGCGGAGCUGAGCUGAGCUGAGUCAAUUGUUAGCAACAACAGGAAUGAAAUAAGAGUGUCCCUAGGGUUGGUUAUAAUGCUGGUUCAUGUGUAAAUAACUCAUUCUAAAAGUGAAAUAGUAUUUUCUAAUUUGAAUACAAUAAUAAUAUAGAUUUUCAUACCUGUCUA